AUGGAACUAAAAAACAAAAAACUAGUUACUUAAGACAAACAGGAUAACUAAUAGCUAUAGCUCAACCUAAUCAUAUAGACUUUCCAAUAAAAAGACGAAUUUAUACCUUUAAUAAAAAAUUAUCUCACUGAAAAGAUUAAUUUUUGGAAAACUACAUUAAAAGGUUAUAAAAAAUUAGAUGAUUUCUCCAGUUAGGUAAUUCAAUUAGCUCUCAAAGGAGAAUAACUAAAGCAAUAAAUAGUUACAUUCUAUACCCUUCCAUAGAAUUAAGCUUUAUUGGAAGAUAACUUUUUAUUUCUCAAAAUUUACUCAAUUUUUUUUAGCUUAGUUACAAAUGAAUAACGAAAAUGCUUUAAAAUGGAAUAGUAAUUACAAGAAAUGUUGAAUAGAUAUGGAGGAAUAUCACAUUUAAUCAGUAUAAUAAACGUUAAUUCAGAUAUUAUUAAAAAUACUGUCUGCUACUUAACUAUCAGUAUAGUAUAAGAUAGAGGUAGAAUUAUUAAUUAGCUAACACCUAAGAUGGCUAGUUUUUUUAGCUAUUAAUUUCAAGACUUUUCAAGCAUUAAAUACAUUCAAGAACUAAUGCCAGAAUAGAUAUCUGCAGUUCACAAUCGGUUUAUUGAUAAUUUUUUAGAUAAAGGGACAUCAAAUUUAGUUGAUUCAUUCAGCACACUAGCAAUUAGAACAUAAAAUGGUUUUAUUCAAUAGGCUCGCAUUUACCUAUAGGCUCCUCAUCCAAGUUUUAAUGACUUUAUUAUUAAUGGAAGUCUUUAGAAAUUGGAAGAUGACUAAUAGAAACUUGUAAUUAUCAACAGUAUAGGUUAAAUUGUAGGAAUAACAGAAGCAUUAUUUAAGUCUAUAUUUUGUUAUGCUCUAAAUUAAGUUAAAGCAAGUAAACAUUCUUAAGAAAUUAUAGAGCUUUUUGAGCUUAAAUAGCUUAUGGGAAUAAAUUUUUUCUUAUUUUUUCCUUAGCUUAUCAAAUAAAUUACGAGUGAAAUCGCCUAAAUUUGUAAAGGGGAUAAUAAUAAUAACAAUGCUACUACCACUACCACUAUUAAUGGGGAAGACAAGAAUAAAAUCAAUUAAGAUUAGUAGCUAGAUUUGAAUUAGAUAAUUUCAAACUAGACAGGUAUUAUUUAUGUUCCAAGCCAAAUAUUUGAGAUAUAAAAAAUAGCAGAAAGACAAAUAAGCAAUCUAUCCUAAAUUAGCUAAUUCAGUAAUAGUUUUUCAAGCUAAUUGGAAUUGCUGAACUAGUUAAAUACUUUCAUUUCUUAGAGUAAAGAAAAUUGGGAAUAGGAUCAAUAAUUAAUUCAAAGUUAAAUUACAUUCAGUGUUAGCAAAAAAAGACUAUCUAUCCUUUAAAAUAAUGUACAUCUAUUUGAAAACUUUUAUUUUAUAGACAUCAAUUAAGAAAAUAUUGUUUAAGCUCCUUUGAAUGUAAUAACUUAGAAAACAACUCAAAUUAUGAAAAAUAUAUCAGCAAAACUUAAUGAAAAAAUGAAUAAAAUUUUUUAAGAAGAUGAAUCUUUUAGGGAUAAUUUAUCAUCCCCACUCAUAAAAAUACUUCGUUAGAACUCUUUAUCAACAUAAAAUAAUUCGCCAGAGUUAAAUUAUUUUUUUAAUUCAACUUCUUAUGGGUUAAAAGAUUUGAACUUAGAUACAAGUUAAUAAGACUAAAUCAACGAGAAUUAAGAUGAAAUCAGUGAUGAUUGUAUCAACAGAACCAGUAACAAUGAUAACAAAACUAAUAACAUUAUUAAUUAAAUAAAAAUCUUAGAUAAAAAUUUAUUUUAAGAAAAUGCCUAGUCCUAAAUAAUAUCACCACCAACUAUAAAAAUACAAGACAACUCUAAUAUUGAUAUUUUUAGCUCGCAAAAUCAGCCAAAUGCCCAAAACAUAAUUUAUUCAAAUUAAAGUAAUGCUUUACUGCAAAUAUUAUCUCCAAACUCACAAGAAUAGACUCAAAACUUUAUUUUUAAUGAGAAUAAUUAAAAUAGCAAUUCAAAUAAUCAAAAUAGGUUAUCAUUAUAUUAUAGUAACAGUAAUAGGCAAAGCAGCGUGAAUCAUUUUUAAAAUUAAUUAGAAACUCAUAUGAAUAUGUAAAAAGACAAAGAGGAUAUGAAUGCUUCAAAUAAUAAAAAUAUUGUAGAUUUCUUUUAAUCAAAUAAAAAAAUUGGUGAAGAAGAGAUCAACUGUGGAUAAUCAUCAACAUAAGAUAUGCAGUCGAUUAAGCACUCUGUGCAUAACAUUGUGUCUUAGAUUAUUAAUAAGCAGGAUAUUAAAAUUUCAAAGAUUAUAAACUCCUUAUUAUAUAUUAUAUUGAUUGUCUUUAGUUUUUACUCUCUAAUAUAUGGCAUGAUAAUGUUUGACACUUUAUAAAGCGUAAAAUAAAGUAUCAUAGAUGUAACAACUUACUAGAACUUAAAUAAUGUAUAUGCCAACUAAACUCUGAAUUCAGUAUUGUUAUAUUAGUUUGAAAAAGGCAUCCUUGUUCCAAACUCACCUAUUAAUUAAAAUUUAAAAUAAAAUAGCUUCGAGUAUAUUUAUGAUAGUUGUUCUAAUUGCACUGACUCAUAUGCAUCUGAUAUAUAAUCAUUUUCUUCAAUUCUAUAUUCAGAUUUUUAGGAUGUAAUUUAGAUAACUCUUUAUCCAAACAAAAUUCCAUUUUAGAUUGAAGCUAAUUAUGUUGAGACUAUCUUUUACAAUUAAAUAAAUGUAAUUGAUCUAUGUUUAAACAGCACAUUUAAUUUUGGAGAAAUAGAAUAAGAAUCUGUACUUUAUCUUGCUUCAAAUUAUUAUAACAACUAAAUUUAAGUAUAAAAUUACACUCAAAAACUUGUUAAAAAAAUAAAAACUCAAUAUGAUAUAUUUAACAAGCUCUAUUUGAUGUUUGCUAUUAUUGUUGCAGGUACAUUUCUUACUAUGUUUGUUCUGUUUAUUCAUUACUUUAAACAGAUUAACAAAUACAAAUCUAAAGUUCUGCUUUUACUAGCCAGAACUAAUAUUGAUGAGGCUGCAUUCGAGAUCUAGAAGUUAAGUGAAAGCUUGGAACUGUUAGACAGUUAACUGGAAUCUUGGGUAUAAAACUCUUUUUUUUCUAUUCUUUCUAAAGCUAGUCUAAAAUAAUAUGACAAUUAGAAAAUUUAAACUACAUAAUCUAAAAGGCAAAGCGAAAAACAUUCAAAAUCUGUCAAAAGCUUUGGUUAAAUCUCAGAAAAGCUGAGUAGAAAAUCUAAAUUUUAAAUAAAAAAUAUUUUUUCAAAACUUUCAAAAAAACUUAACAUGAACGGUUUUGCCAAUUUUUUAAAGUUUAACAAAUAAGCUUAAAAUGCAAACAAUUCUGCUCUUAACAAAUUUGGAGGCUAAAAGUAUGUGUCAGCUUUAAUCCAAAAUCACAGCCUUUCGAUUGUUAGAUAAGUUCUUAUUAUUUCAUUCUUCUGUGUUUCAGGAAGUAUUUUUUUCAUUACAAUUGUGACAACAAAUUAUCUAAAAACGAAAGAAAUAGAACCUCUUUACCAUUUAUUUGAUUAAUCCAUUUAAAACACUUAGUCGCUUUGCAGCGUAAUAACUUUAGGUUAUUUGCUAGUAACAAAUAAAAUAAACCAGCUAAAUAACACUUCUUAUCCAAAUAUAUUGUCUAACUCCACUAUAAGUUACUUUAAUAACUAAAUUGAUUUAGUGCAGAUGUCAAUAAAUUAAUUUUCUGCCACUAUAACAGGCACAUCCUUUAGUUCAUAGUCUUAAUCAUACUGCAAUUAGAUCUUAGAGAUAUUCGAGUAAGAUCUAUGUCAAUUGUAACCUCUAUCGAUUUCAUGUGAAGAUUUAAACUCCCCCUUCAGAAAAGUAAUUUAGAAUGGUCUUUCAGGAAUAAUAACAAGUUACACACAAUUGUACUUUUAAAAUAUAUUCUUAGAUCUAAACAUGUAAAAUUUAGCAAAUUCUUUAUCUAAAGAUGAUAUAAUAAAGCAAAAUAAUUACUUUAUAACGAAUCCAUCUUUUAUAAAUCUAAUAUUUUAUGGAUAUGACAUUCCUUUGUAUUAUACUAUGAAGAUUAGUCUAUUAAUUAGCGAAGCUGUAACAAAUUAAACUAGCUACAUAAGAAAUCUUAUUUUUAUUUAUUUUUUCUCAGUCGGCAUUAUACUAGGUUUAAUAUGGCUUCUCUUCUCUAUAAAGGUUAGAAAUAAAUUUAACGAUGAACUAAAGUCAAUAAAUUUUUCUCUCACACUGCUACCAUACCAAAAGUGCUAAGAGGAAGCAACAAUUUACAUUUUAAAAUCUAUUUAAAAAAUAUGA